ACUGUCAUCUGUCUGUGACUUAUUGACAGCCUUAGAUGAAGACAGCAAGGCCAACACGUGUUGGGGUUAGUUUUCUCGUUGCCGUGUGUUUUUCGCAAAUUUGUGAAAACUGAAAAUAGCACAUAUAAUGGUUUCUCCACAUCCUUCUACUAAACAGAAAGGGCGUAAGAGGUUGCUUAAUAGGGAUGAUGGGACCCCCAAAAAAAAGAAGAUGAAAAGCAAGAAAGAUCCCAUGCCAAUUGUGGAAGAGAAAGACGAAGUUCCAUUAGUUCCAACAAAAGAGAACCCACCAAAAAGUGAUAAAGGAAAAAAGAAGGCAAAAUCAGAAAAGAAACAACCUGUGGAAACACGUGAUGCAGAAGAUGAGGAAGAGGACAAGUCUUUGGACACUCAGCUGCCAGGGUCUCAAGUAGGACUUGAGAUUCUUAGCGAAAGAAAGUUUGAAAGUCUCAAGGGACUGGUUUGUGAAAAUACAUUGAAAGCAAUUGUCGACAUGGGAUUUAUCACGAUGACGGAAAUCCAAGCACGGAGUAUACCGCCACUACUUGAAGGCCGGGAUCUGCUGGGUGCGGCAAAAACAGGGUCUGGUAAAACAUUGGCAUUUCUUAUCCCUGCUAUUGAAUUAAUAUACAAAUUGAAGUACAUGCCAAGAAAUGGAACUGGUGUUAUAAUUAUAUCCCCAACAAGAGAAUUAUCUAUGCAAACUUUCGGGGUAUUAAAAGAGCUGAUGAAAUACCACCAUCAUACUUAUGGGCUCAUUAUGGGUGGGGCUCCUAGACAAACAGAAGCUCAAAAACUUUCUAAAGGAAUUAAUAUUUUGGUGGCAACUCCUGGAAGAUUAUUGGAUCAUCUUCAAAACACUCCGGACUUUUUGUACAAAAACCUUCAAUGCUUGAUUGUAGAUGAAGCUGAUAGAAUACUGCAGAUCGGGUUUGAAGAAGAAAUGAAACAAAUAAUAAAUCUGCUGCCUAAGAGACGACAGACCAUGUUAUUCAGUGCAACUCAAAGCGAAAAAACAGAAGCUCUAACUUCUCUGGCCCUUAAAAAAGAGCCCAUAUAUGUAGGAGUGGAUGAUUUUAAAUCGGAGGCUACAGUCUCAGGUUUGGAACAAGGAUACGUAAUGUGUCCUUCAGAGAAACGUUUUUUGAUGCUAUUUUCAUUCCUGAAGAAAAACCGGAAAAAGAAAAUAAUGGUGUUUUUCAGUUCUUGUAUGUCUGUCAAGUUUCACGCCGAAAUCUUUAACUACAUAGAUAUACCAGUGAUGUCUAUCCACGGAAAACAAAAGCAAGGCAAGCGCACCUCGACUUUCUUCCAAUUUUGCUCUGCAGCCUCUGGAAUUCUGCUUUGUACUGAUGUUGCUGCGAGAGGUUUGGACAUUCCAGCUGUGGAUUGGAUCGUUCAGUAUGAUCCUCCAGAUGAUCCAAAAGAGUACAUUCAUAGAGUUGGAAGGACAGCAAGAGGCGAAGGCAGUAGCGGUCAUGCAUUGCUAAUAUUGAGACCAGAAGAGCUGGGAUUUUUAUGGUAUCUUAAACAAGCCAAAGUGCCAUUAAAUGAAUUUGAGUUCAGCUGGAGUAAAAUUGCUGAUAUUCAACUACAGCUCGAGAAUUUGGUAGGCGGAAAUUACUUUUUAAACGGUGCAGCAAAAGAGGCGUUUAAAGCAUAUGCGAGGGCUUAUGAUUCUCACCAUCUAAAAAAUAUAUUUGAUAUUUCCACUUUGGAUUUAGCUAAAGUCGGAAAAUCCUUUGGAUUUAGGGUGCCACCGGCUAUUGAUCUAAGUUUUACUGCAAGGAAAAAUGAGCGUCCAGAGAAAAAGAGGAAAGGUGGCGGAGGGUUUGGGUUUUAUAAAGGCAUGAACUCCGACAGGGACCGCAAAAGUUAUAUAUUUAAACAAAAGAGAGCUUGAAUAAAAUAACCAUUAAUUUGUCUGUU